AUGUCUCAUUAUGGUCGAUACUACAGCAGCACGGUUCUCGCACGCGAUGGUAGCGUCUGGCGUCAACCAGCAGCGUUAUCGGGUGUAGUCCCUUACCUGGACCGGUAUGAACCGCAGCAGCGAGAAUUCUGGACUGUGUCGCAAGUUCGGAAAAGAAAUCCAACUGGAAGCGUAUGUGCUCUAGCAUCCUUGAUCGGGCUGGCUAGGAGAUACAACGGAAUCCUACCUCACGGCCUCCAAUUGUACCCAAGACCUCACUCUGGGCCUACCAUAGCCUGGCAGUUCCGCAAGCAACAGAGGGCGUACCCGACAGACAUCCAGCUGCAGCAACUGCAGCGGCUGCCAAAAUAG